AUGUUGACUUUGGUUUCAGAUCUUCAGCUCUCAGAAAACAAUCUCACAGGCCCAAUUCCAACUUCAAUUUGGAAUUUAACAAACUUAGUCUGUUUAAGACUUCAUGAGAACCAUCUUUCAGGUUUAAUCCCAACUUCGAUUGGGAAUUUAACCAACUUAACUCUUCUAUACCUUUAUAGUAACCAACUUUCCGGACCAAUCCCUCAUUCGUUAGGAAAUUUGAAUUCCCUUACCAAACUGGCCUUGUUUACUAAUAAAAGAAUAGCAAAUCUUACACAUUUAGAGAGAUUCGUCAUAAACGAUAACAAGCUCACUGGUCGUCUACCUCAAAAUCUAUGCCUAGAUGGAUCACUCAUAGGUCUUGGUGCAGCAAACAACAAUUUAACAGGCAACAUCCCCAAAAGCUUGCGAAACUGCAAUAGCUUGUUUCGAGUUAGGCUCGAGAACAACCAACUAGAGGGUAAUUUACAGGAGGAGUUUGGUGUACUACCAAGCUUGGAUUACAUGGAUUUGAGUUAUAAUCGUUUCACAGGGGAGAUCCCUAAGAAUUUGAGGGAAUUGGACUUACUAUUCCACCUUAAUUUGAGUAAUAACAAGCUUUCUGGCAACAUCCUAGCAGAAAUACUAGGUGGUAUUCCUUUUGAGAUAGAAAAAUUACAAUUUCUUCAAAGCCUUGAUCUUGGAGACAACAAUUUAAUGGGUGAAAUACCAUCUCAGCUUGAGAAAAUGCCAAGGUUGGAGAAAUUGAAUCUCUCCCACAACAUGCUUUCUGGUUCCAUCCCUUCCUCUUUUGGUGAGCAGCCAACAAGUUUGACAUCUCUUGAUAUAUCUUACAAUAAUUUGAAAGGUCCUCUACCAAACACCAAGGCUUUUGAAGCAUAUGGAUCAUACAGAGAUAACGACGGUUUGUACGGCAAUCAGACGGGCUUGAUACCCUGCUCAUCACUUAAAGACAGGAACAAGGUGGAUAAAUCUAGAACAAAAACCAAACUUGUUCUUCUUGUGGUAGUUCCUCUGGUAGGGACUCUAUUUCUCUUACUUGUAGUUGUUGGGAUCUUUCAAUUUUUGAGCAAAAGAGUAGUAUUGAAAGCAAAAAGUGAGAUCCAUGUUGCACAUAAUGAAAACUUAUUUGAAAUAUGGAGCUAUGAUGGAAAAAUAGCGUAUGAAAACAUCAUAGAAGCAACAGAGGACUUUAAUGAGAAACACUGCAUUAGACGAGGAGGAUGUGGCAUUGUUUAUAAAGCUAAGUUUUCAAGUGGUUUAGUUGUUGCUGUGAAGAAGAUCCAUCCUUCGCAAGAUGGAAAUUUGGUUGAUUUAAAAAGCUUUAGGAGUGAGAUUUGUGCACUAACAGAGGUACGACAUCGUAACAUCAUAAAGCUUUAUGAUUUUUGUUCAGAUUCACGUCGUUCAUUUUUGGUUUAUGAGUUCUUAGAAGGAGGUAGCUUGGAGAAUAAGCUCAGGAAUAAGGAAGAAGCGUUGAGGUUUGACUGGGGCAAACGAAUGAAUGCUAUCAAAGGUGUAGCGAGUGGUUUGUGUUAUAUGCAUCAUGAAUGUUCACACUCAAUCAUCCAUAGAGACAUAUCAAGUAAGAAUAUUUUGUUUGAUUCAAAAUGUGCUGCUCACAUAUCUGAUUUUGGCACUUCUAAACUCUUAAACCUCUACUCCUCUAAUUGGACUUCAUUUCCUGGGACCUUUGGAUAUGCAGCUCUAGAACUUGCUUAUACAAUGGAAGUGAACACAAAAUUGGAUGUUUAUAGUUUUGGGAUUCUAACAUUAGAGAUGUUAAUGGGAAAACACCCAUGUGAUCUUAUCUCAUCUCUUUCCUCUUUGUGUUCCUCGUCCGUCUCAUCUUUGCCUUCCACUUUCCAUGGCAUAUUAUUGAAAGAUGUACUAGACAAUCGCCUCCCACCACCAGAGGAUCAAAUGGUUGAGGAAAUUGUGGUUCCCACAAAGUUAGCACUUGCUUGCAUUAACACCAAUCCCCAUCUUCGACCAUCUAUGAGGCAAGUUUAUGUGGAGCUAUCAAAACGAAGGCCAUCUUUUGAGAGUUCAUUGCACACAAUUACUUUAGGUCAACUCAUUGAUAUAAAAUGUAUUUAA